UAACUCGCGGUGAGCCGCCUUUCUUGGCUCCUAGAUUUCUCUGCUCGGCACUCCUCUCCUUCUGUCGAUCAGUCAUCUAUCCAAGUAGACCUCCGAACCUGGACGUUUUGCGAGCCCGCAAAUAUGUCCCAUAACGAUCUCGACUACGCUGGCCGGCGGCUUCAACUGCUCGGGACCCGGGUCGUCGAGCCUGAACUGUCCGGAUCCGGGCACCGAGUUCUAACCUUUCAUCCUCAUCAACAUCAUCACCGCCGUACUCAUUCCCAUGAUGAUACGGAAGAUACCUAUCCCGAAAAGGGACCAUCAGAUACCCCCAAAUUUCAUAAGUCUCAUUCUGCUUCGAAUUUUGAGCUGUUCUACGACUUGUGGUUCGUAGCCAACUUGAAUGUCUUCACCACUGUGCACGAAAUUUCCGAUUUUUCAAACUUCGUCUCAUUUAUUGGAUAUAUGGUUCUCCUAUGGACAACAUGGGUGAUGACUACCCUUUACGACGUGCGCUUCACGGCUGACAGCGUAUUCGAACGUGUUUGCAAAGCCAUUCACUUGGGUGUUAUGAUAGGAUUUUCUGAGAUCGGGACCAAUUUCGAUCCAAACGACCAAAUCGUAUCGGUGUUUAGGACCAUGUCUCUAUUCCUCGCGGUUUCUCGAUUCGUUCUUUUCAUUCAAUAUGGGGUAGUUCUUAUUCAAAUCCGCAAAUAUUCUCAUGGGAAACGUCCUAUGCUCGCUACGGCCCUCCUUCACCUUUGCGCAUCGGCGAUCUACUUUGGUGUUUCAUUUAGGUACAAUCUGGGCAAGUCAAGCAAGGUUUACCUUGUCUGGUACAUUGGAGGCGUCGUCGAGGCAUUAUUGCACCUGUCAUUAUCUCAAGUGUCUCAUGUUUUGACAUUCCUUGGUACGCACUUGGGCGAGCGUAUGAACCUCCUUACGCUUGUUAUUCUCGGAGAAGGUUGUAUUAUUCUCGCGAAGAGCAUUACACUCCUAGUGAAGGACACUUUUCUUAAAGAUGCUACGUAUACAUUAUGGAGUCCUGCUCUCAUCGGCCUUGUCACUGCGGGCACUGCUUUGAUAUACAUUAUCUUCCAACUAUACUUUGACUGGAUGCAUGAAGAACAUUCGAUGUCUAAGAGACAUCAAGUGUGGUGGACUGCAUUGCAUUUGCCUUUCCAUAUUGCACUUGUCCUCCUUCUUGAGGCUGCGAGCCAGUUUGUUGUCUGGGCUCGUAUUAUCGAAAGUGCCAAUGCAGCUGUGAAGAAGAUAAACGACGCACUAGAGGGGCUUGAGAAGCCGUAUGAAUCAGAAGAACUCUCUGAAACUUUGGCGGGCGUGAUUGAACCAUUCUUGGAGAAAUACCAGCCCCUCGACGCCAUUGAUACGUGGAAGUCCGUAAACGAAACGCUAGCUGACAUUGCCGACAUCCCCAACUCAUUAUGGGAGUCAACUCCCGACGAUGAUGAUCCCAUAUAUGUCCGGUUCCAAACCGACCUGAAUGAGUUAGCUUACGCGAUGCUGAACGCCGUUUACAAUGCUUUCGGCAUUGAGGCACCUGAAGAAGAGGAUAUCCCCAAGGAUCGAUUUUGGCAGAGCGAGGCAGUGAUAGAAAUUGCCAAGAGGUUUAUUCUAGUUUUUAUCUACGGGUUCGCAUGCGCCGGUAUUGUCUUGCUCUUCUUGACUAUUAUGCAUAUCAUCUCUAAGCGAAGGGGAUGGUCACCAUUCAAUAUCUUCCGAACCGCGAUCUGUAUUGCGCUCUCCAUAGUCCUAGCGCUCCUUUCUACUUUUGCGGCCAACGAGGAAGCGGUCAUCAACAAGGAACGUAAAACAGCCUUCGUUGGGAGCUCCUGGAUGUUGCCUACGAUUGUGAUCAGUUAUUUCCUUGUCCUUGUCAUGACUCACUUGCCGCACCCCAAAUUCUGCAUGGGUAAUUUCAAACGAGGGACAUACAAGGAAGUCGGGUUACCGCCCUACCACGAGAAUCACGCCUUGACGAGUAUGCCAAAGAAAAACUACCACCCUGCCGACUAUGAGGAUAGGCGAACUGGGUACUCGUCCGCCGACCAGGGUACAGUGUCGCCUCCGACACCAAGAUACGAUGACCGUAAACCGAGACCUCACACAGGUGAUUCGCGGCGAUCAAGGCGUAGCCAUGAAAGGCGCGUGCGCGAUAAUCGUUCUCGCGAACGAAGGCAGAGGCGCAUGUCAGGGGGUAUGGACGGUUAUAUGUAAUGAAAUUGGUUAUCCCUAGAUUCGACCGAGAUGGCUAUUUUCGAUGGAUGAUAUGGCUGAUGGUUAAAUUGUUUUGAUUUGAAGGUUUUAUAAGAAACUCUGAGUUUUUAGAUCAUCAUAAUCUCUUCUGGAUGAUCUCAUCAUAAGCAUGGUGUUAAGGGCAUAAAGGGAUAGCAGAAAUUUGGUUCAUGAUAAAGAUAUUAUACAAUGUAGCAAUACCUGGCUCUUAGAUCAAUGGAUGCAUAUUCAAACAGUCCCCGAGUACUUGCAAAGGUACACUC